ACAGCACUUCACCUGGGAACCUCCUGUCACUCAGAGCUUGGAGGCCAAGGAGUGAAUUGGCCACAGAGACUCAAUUCCCCUUUUGUCCCCAGAGCUGAUCUCUCCAGACCAGAGUUGAAGAAUAUUAAUGAGUCCUUUGAAGGGAAGAUUGCACGGCCAUGGGCUGUGUUGCACCUGCUCUGAGGCUGGGAGAAGUCGAGGAAUUCUAACUCCAGGCCCAUUAGAGCAGCGACUCACUAGCCAGAAUUUAUAAUGAGUCAGACAAUGAAAUAUAAUGACUUGAAAUUGUUUCUCUCCAGGUGUGAGAAGGGGAAGUUCCAUCAGCCAGGGGAGAUUUCUCCAGAACUGGAAGAGCGAGUCAGUGAUUUCUCCCAGAAAAUGAUUGUGCUAUUGGAGACUCUGGGGAAGUUCAAAGACACUCUGCCGUCUGCACUAGUGACAAAAAGAGGAGGAUCCCUAGGAACAUUCAGACGGGUGAAUGUGACUCUGGAUCCAGACACAGCUUAUCCCAACCUCGUCCUGUCUGAGAAUUGGAAACGUGUGGGAUGGGGACACACGCAGCAGGAUCUGCCCAACAACCCUGAGAGAUUUGACACUCGGCCCUGUGUGCUGGGUUGUGAGGGAUUCAUCUCAGGGAGACAUUGCUGGGAGGUGGAGGUGGUGGCUGGGCAAGGCUGG